CUAACGUCAAUGACGCCGAUCGUACACUGGGUACGCUUGUGUAGCCUGGGCGGACAGUGUGGUUACAUCAAUAUAAAGUGGAAUAAAAUGCCGCGGAUGUGUGUAAUUAGAGACACCUCUUCAACGCGAUUGUAUACUGACUCUUAGUUAAGACGGGUCAACUCCGAAGAAGGCUGCGCCAGGGCUAAUUUCGGGGUUUAUCAGCAAUAUUUCAGGGAGAGGAGUGACGUCCUCCAUGCCGCAGCAGCUGCACACAUCAGUCCCCACUGAAUAAAAAAUGAACUGAGGACCUCUUCCACAUUUCCACGUCCCAAAUCGCUGCUUCUCUCCCUCUGCCCUUUCAGAGCAAGAGUUAACCGUGUUGCCUCACCACACCUGGACACAGAGAUGCGCGUGCGUGCAUGUCCUCGAAAUGCAUGACUGUGUUUGAGCGUGUUUCUGCUUCGCGUCCGUACUCAUCUUCAGAGAGGCACUUUUCCACUUGACUGACUUCAGCGUUAGUGUUCACGACUACAAAGCAUAAUGGGGAGGAAAAAGAUUCAGAUCCAAAGGAUCACCGACGAAAGGAACAAGCAGGUCACAUUCACGAAGCGAAAGUUCGGCUUGAUGAAGAAGGCCUAUGAGCUGAGUGUGUUGUGUGACUGUGAGAUCGCCCUGAUCAUCUUCAACCACGCCAACAAGCUGUUCCAGUACGCCAGCACCGACAUGGACAAGGUUCUGCUCAAAUACACGGAGUACAACGAGCCGCACGAGAGCCGGACCAACGCAGACAUCAUUGAGACUUUGAGAAAGAAAGGUUUCAACGGCUGCGACAGUCCAGAGCCGGACGGCGAAGACUCAAUUGACCAAAGUCCUCUGAAUGACGACAAGUUCCGUAAAACCACGGAGGAUCUGGACGUCCUCUUCAAACGCUACGGCCAGACGGCAGCUCCGCCUCAGACCUUUUCCAUGCCAGUCACCGUCCAGGCGUCCAAUCAGAGCACACUGCACUUCAGUAAUCCUGGCAGCGCACUGGUAACUACCUCCUAUGUCACAUCAUCAUCGCUGACGGAUACCCACCUCCUGUCGCCACAGCAACCGGCUCUCCAGAGAAAUACAGUGUCUCCGGGGUUGCCACAGCGACCGGCCAGUGCAGGUGCUCUCCUCGGAGGCGACCUGAAUAAUUCAAACGGAGGAUGUCCAAGUCCAGUCUCUAAUGGAUAUACCAGCGCCAGGGCCUCCCCAGGUCUGCUCACCGUCUCCAACGGCAACAGCCUGGGGAAAGUAGUUCCGGCCAAGUCCCCGCCGCCCCCUCCCAGCCCGCAGAUGGUCAACAGCCGUAAACCAGACCUGCGAGUCAUCACCUCGCAGGGCGGGAAGAGCCUCAUGCAGAUGACAGAGGAUGAGCUGGAAUUGGUAAACGAGAACGCCCAGCGGCUGGCGGCCGGAGCCCAGGUGGCACAAACCCUCACCACACCUGUGGUGUCUGUAGCCACACCGAGCCUCCUGGCACAGGGUCUGCCCUUCUCCGCCAUACCCACAGCGUACAACACAGAGUACCAGCUGACCAGUGCGGACAUCACUGCUUUACACGCUCUCGCGUCACCAGGCGGCUUGUUGCCGACCAGCGUGUCCACAUGGCAACAACAGCAGGCCGUCUCCCAGCAACAACAACCCCAACAGCAGCAGCAGCAGCUUAACCUUGCAUCACUCAGCAACUUGGUCAUGUGGGGCGUGGACAAACAGAGCAGCGAGCUGUCUAGCCAAGUGUCCAGUCUGGCUGCCAAUCUGAGCGUUGGCUCUCCGUCCAACCUGCUCUUGGGUAGAGAUGAGUGGUUGGGCCGGCCGGCGACCCACAUACCUCAAGGCGCCAUGCUGACCGUCAACACCAGCUCCAGCGUGAGCAUCAAGUCGGAGCCGGUCUCGCCCGGCCGGGACCGGAGCACCCCGUGUCCUCCCCCCGCUCCGCCUCAGUCCACCACGCUGUCCUCCACGUCCGGAGGCGCCAUCUUGACGGCGCAGCCUCAGUACCCCAGCUCGCUGCUCUGCCUGGAGCCGCCGACGGGCCGCUCACCCGCAGACAGCGUCAGCAGCAACGCCAGCUCCUUCGAGGGCAGCGACCGCGACGAUGCCAGCGCCUCCGGUGGCGGCGGCGGUACCAGAGGCGGGGGCGGCGCCACCGAGCUCCUCAGGGUGUCGAACGAACCGGAUCAGGACGGAGGAAACGUAAAACGCAUGAGAUUGGACGCCUGGGUCACAUAAAAGCCGCCUCUCGUCGCCCAGAGGAAGUUCUGACUUGUAAACACUUACCUUCAUUAUUAGCCCCCCACGACCCUUUGACCCCACCACUCCACUGCCAUGUGACACUAUCACCACACGUCUGCACCUGUCCUGCAUUACACGCCGCCAUCUUGAACUCACAGGGCUUCGCCAAAAACUGACUGGUUUGGAUGUCUGAGCUCAGCUGGAUUCGGGUUUUCAAGGCCUUGAACGUAUUUCUGUCGUGAUUUCUGAGGCGUUUAACCUUUUUUUAUGCAAUUCGACGCAACACAGAACAUUUUUCACGUGGUUUCUCAGUGAUCUACUUCUACUCGCACGGAGGAGCAUGGAUCGGUGGCUCCUCAGCGUUACGGGACGCCUGCUGCAUGACUCGUCACUUCCUGCUCCUGCAAUCCCGUGGCGUUUUGAUCGCGUGCUGUCCAUUUUUUCCCCGUGAUUUCGCCUGGAGACGUUUGAAGGCUGCUGGGAAAUGUUUGACCGGACGUUUUAGGUACGGGGUUCCUCCACUGCCUGGAAAAGUCUGGAAUUUGACUUCAGGAUUUUCCAGGUCUGGGAAAACAAGAGCUUGGAAAAAAAUCUACAUUUCCUCCCAAUUUAUCCUUUGUGUGUUUCCAACUCUGUUGUCUUUCAUUAUUUGUGUCCUACUUCCUUUCCUAGUGUCCUUUCUUUGUCCAACUUUCUUUUUAGUAUCCUACAAAAUUUUCUAGUGUCCUUCUGUUUAUUGUCCUCUCAUUUUUGUCCUUCUUUCCUUCCUAAUUAUCCCCCCUUCCUUGUCUCCUACUUUCCUUUCGUACUUUUUCUCAUUUCUCGAGUCCUACUUCAUUUUCAACUUUUCUUUCCUUGUCUCCUAUUUUCCUUUGCUAGUGUUUCUCCCCUCCCUUGUGUCCUACUUCCUCUCCUACUGUCUCUCCUCUGUAGAGUCCUAUUACCGUAUUUUCCGCACUAUAAGGCGCACCUUCAAUAAAUGGCCUAUUUUAAAACUUUUUUCAUA